AUGGCUGACAAUUCUGGUGAUAGCGCCUCGAACAACGAUCAAUCCGUCCCUGAACAAGACCUUCUGCUGCCAAUCGCAAACGUUGGGCGGAUCAUGAAGCAGAAUCUGCCAGCCAAUGCAAAAGUCUCCAAAGAAAGCAAAGAAACAAUGCAGGAGUGCGUGUCCGAGUUCAUAUGCUUUGUGACAGAGGAGGCGUCAGAGAGGUGUCGCAGGGAGAAGCGGAAGAUCUUGAGUGGGGACGAUAUCUGUGGGGCGAUGCAGACGCUUGGUUUUGACAACUAUGCAGGAACAAUGAAGAGGUAUCUGGAGAAGUAUAGGCAAUCUGAAGGGGGGAGAGCCAAUCAAGAAUAG